AUGGCGUUCAAAUCGACGCGAGGCAACUUUCUGCCGUCCAUUCAGCUGCCAUGGCGUCGACAGAAGCUGAUCGCAAAGGAUACCUCCAUAUUCCCACCAAUCAUUCGAAUGGUCCCGCUUGAGAUUCCGACGUGGGCUGGGCUGUGGCGUGACGCGUUGUGGUGGCCGUCAUUUCUGGUGUUAUGCAGCGUGGUGAUUGUGGCAUUGUUGGUGUACAGUGUCGGAUUGUGUCGCCAGAUGGGGAGGAGACUCGUAGGCCAUCACAUGUAUCCGGACGUACUCAUCGAGCAGGUCUACGGCGCUUCACUCUUCAGCAUCUCGUGCCUUAUGUUCAUGAUCUUCUCCGCGAUGUCCCAUCAGCUGUCCUAUCUCUUCCUCCGCAGCAUCGAACUCCACCGCGCGGUUGAAGUCGUCGGAGAUGAGAACGCAGACCGUAACAAGCGCGACUGGUACUGCCACUUCAACUCGGAGCUGCAGCCCUGGGACGAGCAGGCGGCCGACGUCGUCGAGUACGUCGAAUGGGAGGCCAAAAAGCGCGCCUCCGCCGAGCGGAAGAGCGGCAAAACGGAGCAGAAACGGAAACGGGCAAAGCGACUCGGGAAACCGUGGCAAAUGAUGAGUGUCGUGAAGAGGGGAUUGGCUCGUAGGCCGAGACAGGGGAUGAACGACGCCAUGGCCAAGCUGCUGCCCCGGAAGAGCGCUACGCGA